AAAUGGCCAAUCUGGAUGGAUUUUUGGAAAAAGUACUGGGCACGAAGGCCGAAGAUACUAAACGAAUAUUGGAGGGAACAUUUCUUCUCGCGUGAUGGCUCUGGCUUUAUCCAGUUUAGGUUAAAAAAUGUAAGGGCAUCGCAAAGUGAGAGAAUUAAGCUACCGAGAAAAAUGGAACCUGAGAAAGAAACUAAUGAAGCUGUAGCAGAUAAAGCAGAUGAAGUAGCCACUGGCCAACAGCUGCAGAAUAUUCAGGAAAAGAUUGACUGGAUGAAGUUUUCUCCUCCCCACCGUUCCAACAUGGCCAUGCAUACGCAAUACUUUCAAGAUACACACAAGUACCGGCGACAGCUGGUGAUGGAUUGUAAUAAUCCUGUCUCCAUAACAGACAUGGUGACUACAUUUCCCAGAUACCAGGACAUUCCACAUUUGAUUGGCAUCGAUUUUGCGUUACUACAUGAAGAUGCAGCCGACAAACUGCUGUCAAAGUGGUCAACCUUGAGGGAGAAGAUCAUAUUGCAGGGCCAUCAGGAAUCUGAAAGCAUCAAGGAAGUAGUGAAACGCUACGAAGAUACAAACAGAGAUCUUUGUGCACUACUAACUGUGCUCUACACACUGCAUCGGCCGUUGCCAAAGUCGAAGGGCGUAAACUGUAGCAGAUCUGCAGCAGUACACUACCUUGUACAGCAUGUGCCAGAAGGAACAAGCAUCAAAGAAGCCAUCAAUCAUAUCAAGCAGACAUACAGGCAGCCCCUCAUAGUGGCCAUCGGGAAGGAGACAGGACAGCAGCAAUACUUCCUGUGCCUCGACAGUCUGCCUUUCAGUGCUGGACAGACGAUCGUAGAAGCGUUCGACAAGCUAUUCAAGAGUUUCUUCGUCUUUAAUGUACAUUAUCCGGACAUCCUCUCACAUUUCUAUGAUUUCUUUGCGGCUUUUGUCUACGAAAUUUGGCCCACCCAUAAGGUGAAGCCUAUGGUGCGUUCCUUCGCAUGUUCUAUCAAAUCUACAUAACUUAUACUUUGUCAACCAUUUCUCUUUCCCAUGCUCCCAACUUAAUUCCUGAUAGAAGGAGUGGGCUAUAAAUGGGUGAUUUUUUGUUUUACCCUGGUAACAGUUUUUUUCUGUUCCAUAUAUCCUACCUCAACAUAAAAUGACAAAAUUUUUGACCACAAAAAAAGUGUGCAGGGCAAAAAUCCAAGAUGGCCGCCGUUUUCCUGAAAAAUCACAUUUUCAGCCAUAAUUUUGCCAUUUUGGGAUCUUUUUAGCUGGUUUUGGUGUCUAAUCCUAUAUAUUGGAGGGAGAGCAAUCUGUUUAUGCUACAAGAAGUAGUAUCAACCCUUCACCUGUAUAAAUAACCCUCUAUAUCCCUGCUUUGGGGGCUAAAUUAGCCCCGCCCCUCUUGACAUUUUUCUUGAUAAUCUGUCAAUGCAAAAAUAUUUCGGACAAAAAUAUUCUGGACUUUUUCAAUUGACAUUUCACACCCAUUUUAAGACCCUAUUUGCGAAAAUUGGGGGUAA